GUCAUUUAGUAUUGGGUUAGGUCAGCCCGAAGCAACGUCGUGUUGUUGUUAUCGCCGAGGCAAGUUCGACGUUGUUUACACAAAAUUUAACAAGUUUUUUUCUAACUUUCCGUUCAACUUGUAUCUUUUUUGUGGGACUAGUGCAUAUGAAUUUUUCGUUUUAGAUGACUUAUUUGAGAAUUUUUAUUUUUCCCGGACACGGAUACUAAAGGUGAUUGUAAGGUUCUCUAAGAGCGCAUAUGCUGCUCGUGUUGUGCUUGUGUCCUGAGAAAUUGAUAAGUUGUUCAAGACAUAGUGGAUGGAGUGUCUAAGUGUUUAUCACAACAGAACGUAGGAUGGCACUUUCUUAUCUACAGGAGGCGCAAAUUACCGCAGGUCUCUUAUCCAACCAACAAUACGACAUGAAGCAAGACUCUGAGAAGCAAUCACCCUCUCCACCGUUAAAUAACAAUUCCUCGGCAUCUCUGUUCGCCGGAAUGGGUGCAGCGGCUGCUGGUUUAUCGAUGUUGACGCCACAACAGUUGCUUGCAGCGAGUAGAACAGCAGCUUUUAUGGCAGCCGGCAUACCAGUUUCUCUGCACGCAACACUGGCGGCGAAUCCCUCACUCUACCGCCAUCAUCAAACUCUCUUUGGGGGAUGGAUGCCUCCAUCAGCUUCAUCUCCACCUUCGCCCCUUCACCGUUCAUCGGGAACUUUAUCGCCAGCCUUAAGUAACAAGUCUUCAUCUCGAGGAAGGACAGCUAAUUCCAACAUAAAUAUUAACAACAAUGUUGUAAGCAGUAGCGCCGACAGAAUUACAAAGAAGGGCCAGUCCCUAAAAAGAAGGAUAAACACCAAGACGAAAAUCGAAAGUAUGCAGUUGCCUAUGGAAGGCUCAGCACCCUCAAGUCCACCAACAUCGAUUAGUACUGAAACAGUCAAGGAUAGCAGAGAUAAGGUUUUCACUUGCGGAGUGUGUUCCAGAUCUUUUGGCUACAAGCAUGUGUUGCAAAAUCACGAGAGGACUCAUACAGGAGAGAAACCGUUCGAGUGUCCCGAGUGCCACAAACGAUUUACGAGGGACCAUCACCUGAAGACUCAUAUGAGAUUACACACAGGAGAGAAGCCAUAUCACUGUAGCCAUUGUGAUCGCCAGUUUGUGCAAGUAGCUAACCUUCGUCGUCAUCUUCGAGUCCAUACUGGCGAGCGACCCUAUGCCUGUGAACUUUGUUCUGCCAAAUUUAGCGACUCGAAUCAACUGAAGGCUCACUUAUUGAUCCACAAGGGUGAAAAGCCUUUCGCGUGUGAACACUGCCAAAUGCGUUUCCGAAGGAGGCAUCACCUCAUGCAUCAUAAGUGUGGACUUAGUGGAGUCAGUGUAAUGAGCAACUCUUCAACAGCGGGAUCGCAGAUUGGCUCUCCGUCGCUAGCGAGUGAUGAGUUCGAGGAGGAUAUCGACAUUGAUAUCGACGUGGAUAUGGAAGAGAAUGAGGGAUCUCUAGGUAGGAAGAUGAGAGCGCCCCUCCAGAUUCCAGCCCAUCGUCAAAUGCCAAGCCCCGUUGUGAAUACCAGCUCCAUGAAUCCACUUCCAUUAAAUCUUUCCGGCAUACCAACGAACCUGCCAGAACAAACAGAGCCAGAGGAUCUCUCGAUGUCUACUGGAAUACAUAGAACACACUCUCACUCUCACAGCAGUGGGGAUUCCCCACUGAGUCGCAGUCCUAGCAGUGAUACCCACCAAGAUGAGGAAUAUGAGGAACUUGAUGUUUCGGCAGCUAGCCCCAGUAGUCUUUUUCUCCAUCAGCAUAGGACCAAGUUCCACCGUCACCUCCUUAAAACAACUAACAUAGAUGAAGCAUCCUAGUGUUCUUCGUGGGUUAUGAAGACCCUGUUAAUCAACACGAAAGCCGGCGCCCUUCAGACAGUGUGUCAAUCCGGCCGAAUCUAAUCAAAAGCACGCACUCGUCAGUGAUGCACCAGUUCACAG